AGAGAAUAAAGAUAGACACAGACUGCUCUAGCAAAAAGACAAGGACAUAAAAGAUACAAAAAGAAGGGAAAAUAAAUGGAUUCAAGUAGGAAGAAAUGACCAUGAAAUGACAUAGGACGACUGAGAUGUUCAGCAUGUUGGACCACAUGUCCAGACGUUCUCGCUCCCUGCUGUCUCUUCUCUUGACCUCUCUUGCCCUGGCUUUAUCUGUGCUGGCUUUCUGCACAUCUUACUGGUGUGAGGGAACACACAAGGUGGUCAAACCUCUCUGUCUUUCACCUGUAAAGAUGAAGAACUGCGGCCAGAACAACAGUGAGCCGUACACUACAGAUAGCCCCACCCCAGAUCCUCGGGGUCCAUCCAAUAGAACUUUAUCACCAAAGCGAAGGGAGGAACUUGCUAAGAUUCGACAGAGGCAAUUGGCCAAUGCCGUCCACUACAUUUGGGAGACAGGAGAAGACAAGUACACUUUCCGAUAUUUCCACACAGGAUUUUGGGAGUCUUGUGAAAAGCAUGCUGAUGGUGAACGAUGUCGCAGGUUUUUAGAUCUUACACCUGGAGAGACUCACGGUGUUCUGUGGUUGUCAAUGAUCGCUGAGUUCAUGUACAUCAGUUUAUUGGGGAUGGGGUUUCUACUCAUGUGGGUGGAAGUCCUGUGCUUUCAUAAAGAAAUGCAUGUGCUCAAAAUCAACGCCUUCGCAGCCAUUUGCAUCGUUCUCUCAGGAUUAUUAGGGAUGGUGGCUCAUAUGAUGUACACCACUGUAUUUCAGCUGACUGUGAUUGUAGGGCCUAAAGACUGGAGACCACAGACGUGGGACUAUGGCUGGUCAUUUGCGCUGGCAUGGGUGUCUUUUAGCUGCUGCAUGGGUGCUGCAGUUAUGACUCUUAAUUCUUAUACCAAAACAAUCAUUGAGCUUCGUCACCGACAGAGGCUUCGACUGGAGGAGGCUCGUGCUACAAGCCACGCCCCAUCUUAUGAUGAGGUGGUUCCAGGAGGCGGGUUGUACUCUGUCAGCGGCCUGUUACAGUGCCCAGAUGUGAUGAUGGACUCUAUGUGGGCAUCAGAUGGGAACAUGGGAAUGAUGAGAGAACAGGAUGUGCCCACCCUGAUGCUGGUUGGUGGGUGUGGAACAGGCGCAUGCGAGGACUGCGAGAGAGAAUUGGACGAGUUGAAGGAAGCCUUGAAAGGAAAAGACUCACCUUGUUAAAAGCCUUAUGUUAUAUUUGUCUCAUCAGCAGAGUGAAUUUUGGAAAAAGUAUUUAUGUUUAUGGAUGAUUUUUUAAUGCAUGAUAUGCUAAAAUCUGGGCAGUAUAAAAGGAAGCAGGUGUGAGACAGGUGUCACCUUCUGUGUGUAAUCCUGCAAUAAGUGGAUUUCACAGCGCCAGGAUUUUUUGAUUUCUGGAAUAGUAUUAGACUUUCAAUUGGAUUAUACAGAGAUCAUGUCAGAUCACAAAGCCUGUGUUAUUAUCAGUUCUGAAGUCAAAUCUAUGUGUUUUCUUUAUUUUAUUUGGUGUCGGAUUAACACCCAAGCCAUAGAAGUUCAUAAAUAAGAACCCAAAGCAGUCACUGACGAUGUAAAAGGAAUGAUGUCAUCUCUUGUUAGUCCAUGUGAAAUUUCUUAUACAGUACUCUUCUAAUAACUUGUUGUCCAAUGCAAAAUGGCAAAUGGAAAUAUGUGUUGCCUUUAAAGAUGGUGAUAAAUGUACAGUUGCCACAGAAGUCAAUGCCAUCCUAUUACCAUUUAAAGUGGCCAGAAUUUUAAAAUCUGUUUGUUACAAUUAUCAGAAGUUUUUUCAGGACGUGAAUUUGUAAUUUUUAAAAACAGUAUAUUUAAACUAUACUGUAAACGAUACAGAAUGAUUACGUUAUAAUUACAUGCACUAUUGUUUAUUAUACAGUAUACAUUAUAGCUUUACUGUAUACUGCUAGGGUACUGUAAAAGCAUUGUGUUCAUCUAGCAGUCAUGCUGACGCUUUUAGAGGAAGGUUCUUAUGAUUGAAACAAUUGUUGACCUUUUCCGAUUGGGGUGAGCUAAUUUGCGGUUUUGUUCUUUCAAGUUUUCCUGUUCACCAUGUGGUCAACAGAGAUAGCCUGGAAAUCUGUUUAGUUUUACAGCUGUCACAGAGACUGGUGUGAAGUCAUAUCUGGCAGAUGUCCAGUUAAAUCAAAGAUAUUGGAACUAACAAGACUGAACACCGCUCAAUAUGGCUGAUCUGCUGCUGGAAGUCCCGCCUUCCGGUUAAAAGAACCAAACAUCAAUCGAUAAAGACUGAUGAUCCUCUG